AUGUCCGCCCUCCGCCUCUCUUCGUCGUUCCGCGUCGCCGCUCGCCAGGCCUCGAUCGCCCGUGUCGCCCGCCGCGGUUACGCCGACGUUGCCGACGACAAGCUCAAGCUCUCGCUUGUUUCCCCCUCGCAGGCUGUCACCCAGGUGAACAUCCCCGCCGCUACUGGUGACAUGGGUAUCCUCUCGAACCACGUUCCUUCCAUCGAGGCCCUCCGCCCCGGUGUUGUUGAGGUUAUCGAGGAGGGCGGCAAGACCGGCAAGUACUUCGGAACUGCGCAAGGUCGCUUGCUCUCGCAUCAUUGGUCGGGACGGCAACUUCACGUCGCUCAGCAGAUCCCGACAGGAUUUGCCACAACGUCGUCUAUCACACGGCUCUCGAUCGCUGCGACAUGGUCCCGAGGCUGUCGUGCAGCUAUGGAGUGCGAUGAGCGCAGUCCGACGUCUCCUUGGCGGUGCCACAUUCACGACCUUGGAGCAUUCACACUGACCUCAGUCUCCACCGGCUUCGCCACUGUCCACCCCAACAACACCCUCACCAUCAACGCUGUCGAGGCCUACCCCAUCGACAAGUUCUCCGCCGACGCUGUCCGCAACGGUAUCUCUGAGGCCCAGAAGGUCAUCGGCUCGUCGGCCUCUGAGCAGGAGAAGGCUGAGGCCCGCAUCGAGCUCGAGGUCUUCGAGGCCAUCAACGCGGCCCUCGGCAAGUCGGCUUAA